UUAUAAGUUGUCUUUUCGUUACACUUCUUGUAUCGAAAUCCUGCUCAUUUAAAACUAAAAUUAUAAAAUGUUUGUUGCCUCUCGAUUGUUAGCCCAUGUGGGCAAACUGCCUCCCAUGGUCCAGCCGCUUGCAUGCAUCAACCGCGGUCUCAAAGUCACCGUUGUGGGUUCGGUGGGUGGCAUUGGCCAGCCGCUGUCCCUUCUUCUCAAGCUGAAUCCGGACGUAUCGACCCUCUCGCUGUACGACAUAAAGAAUACAACCGGAGUGGGGGUAGAUCUAUCCCAUAUCAACACCCGUGCUACGGUGUGCCCGUUCGAGGGUAAGGAUGGCUUGAAAAAAGCUAUGGACAAGUCUGAUAUAGUGGUGAUACCGGCGGGUUUGCCACGUAAGCCCGGAAUGAAGCGCGAGGAUUUGGUGGACGUGAAUGCCAGCGUUGCCUGCGAAGUGGCUUUUGCGGCCAGUGCCGUCUGUCCCGGCGCCAUGCUGGCCUUCAUCACGAAUCCCAUCAAUGUGAUAGUGCCCAUCGUGGCCACGAUUCUCAAGGCAAAGGGUACCUACGAUCCGAAUCGACUCUUCGGUGUCACCAGUCUGGAUGUGGUACGUGCCCAGACCUUUGUGGCGAACAUCAUCAACUCCGAUCCCCUGAAAGUGAAUAUACCCGUGAUCGGUGGCCAUACUGGUCGCACCAUCCUGCCCAUCCUGUCGCAGUGCGAUCCCCCCUUCAAGGGCACUGAUGAGGAGCGCGAGGCGUUGAUACAACGCGUCCAAAACGCGGGCACCGAGGUGGUUAAUGCCAAGGAUGGCCUGGGAUCGGCCACCCUAUCGAUGGCCUUUGCAGCCGCUCAGUUUAUAAACUCACUGAUAAAGGGUAUCAAGGGUUCGGAGGACGAGUGCGUUGUGGAGUGCGCCUAUGUGGAGUCCGAUGUCACCGAGGCCCAGUUCUUCGCCACACCCCUGAAACUGGGACCCCAGGGUAUCGCGGAAAAUAAGGGUUUGCCCGACUUGGACGAUGAGGAGAGGAAAGCUUUAGACUGCAUGCUGCCCAUUUUGAAGGAGAGCAUCGAAAAGGGCAUCAAAUUGGGCGAGGGUAUGCUGACCAGUUGCGCAUAACAAUGCAAAUAUAUAGUUUAUUUCGAAUUUGGUUAAAUGUGCCUAAUAAAUUAUUUGGUUAUUUUGUUACAAA